AUGGCGGAACCCGAGCAAGAAUCAGAGCUGUUAGAUGGGAGCGUGUCGGAUUGUUUAACCCACAGUACAGACAUUGUAGACGCUUCACAUGAGCAGGACGACCAAGAUGGGAUGAGCGAGGAACUGCUCAGCCAAGCUUUGGAGGAUGCCAAUGCCUUUGAUGGUUCAGCGAUUGGUUAUACUGUGACAAACGAGGAGGGUGAAGUCUGUGACACAGUACAGGGCCAUGCCUGUGUAGUCAACGGAGACUUGAUUGUUGACAAUAGCUUAUCACAACCACAUAUGUCCAGUAACGGUGACAGUGUAUUAGUUCACACUUCAGAAUCUCUUCUGACUAACACAUCUGAAGCUAUAUAUUCAAACGGGUCAGGUUGUGUUUCUAUUUUAAAUAAUGGGGUGACAGAAUCUGAAGACAUGGGAGAUGAUAACAGCCACACUUUUGAUGUUGGAUCUUUACAAGAUGGGCAUAUUAUUUCAAUUCCCAGUGAUAUUUUACCAGCAUCUGUUAUAGUUUCUCAGUCAAAUGAUGACCAGUUUCAACAGUCAGUUGUGGUUGGAGCUGAUGAUACCACCCAACUUCUUCAAGAUGAGAUUCAAGAAGGUAAUUCUCAUUAUGUACAGAAUGGAGAUGAUCAGAUACUGCAGCACUCCGGUGCAUCACAGCUAAUCCAGAGUGGAACUAUCAUGCAGCCACACACAAUAACUGUUUCUGCAGCAAGUGGAGUGACGCUGACUCCAGAAGUGCUGCAGAAUGUCAUUCAGCAAAUCCAGGCUCAACAGUUGGCUCAGCAACAAACAGAAGUUGUGGCGGCUGCACAAAGAAAAAACAUUCCCGUUGACACGGCAGCACCAAACACUGUCAGCUUCACAUUAGUGUCCCCAGGUCAGCACCACUUUAAUUCCCCUCCACUUGGUUCGAGUCAGAACCCGAUUCGAAUAAUUCAGCAGGGAAAUCGGUACACACCCAUGCAGCAGUUGACACAAGAACAGCUUCAGCAGAUUAUGCAGGUGGUACAGCAGCAACAUGUCAACAAAAACACACAAGAGAAUGGCGGUGCAGUUAUUUUUAACCCUCAGACCAACACACGUAUCAUGUAUCGGGUGAUCUACCCUUCUGAACUUCACAAAGCACAAAACGGAGCGGGUGUUACAACGUACCAGGUUGUCAAACCCACAACAUCUCAAGAACAACAAACAGCCACACCACAUCAGAAACGAGCCUACAAAAAGAGAAAAGAUGCUGCUGUUACUUCUGGGGCAGGAGAAGAGGAAGAUAAAGAGAAAAAUGUCUCAGAUGUACCUGAACUUUCAAAAGAGGAAAAGGAAGAACGGAAGAAACAUAGACCAAGAACUCGAUCAGGUCGAGUAUCAAAGCCACCCAAACAUAUGGUGCAGGAUUACAAACGUAUCCACGUGCUGGAUUGGGAUGAGGAUUAUGAUGAUUCUGAUGGAGGAUACUCAGAUUUCAAACACAGUGACGAGGAAGGCAAGAGUAAACAACAGGGGCAGCAAGAGCAUUCAACAUCUCCAGAAUUUUUUCAAGCCCUGGGUGCUGGCAGACCCAAGAACCACAAAUGUCAAACCUGUGAUAAGUCUUACAUCGGCCAGGCAGGACUAGCUCGACACUACCGGCUCAACCCAGACCACUGCACCAACCCCACAGAAAACGGCAGCAUAUCAUCUUUACAUAAUGGCUCUAUUGAUGGUGACGACAGCAAAGAUGCAUCACUUCCCCCAGACGGCAGCUUAUCCAGGAUGUCUGACGGUGCAGCAGAUGUGCUGAAGACCAGCUUCCACACCAGCAGCAUCGAGAACAUUUCAGAAGACUCCAACACUCAGGACUCUCUCAACUCAACUGGCGCCACCUCUCCUGUCGUUCGACGUGGACGAGGAAGGGGAGGGUUCAGAGGUCGAUGGGCACAUUUAAAGCACAAUGCUUUGAUCAGGCGGAAACAUAAAUUGAAAGAGCUCAUCAAGCAGUGUUCAGACGAGGACCUGAUGGAGGUAGUGCUGCCCCGCCUAGUCAGCAGUGUCUCUCUCUGGGAGUACCUCAUGAUGAAGUCAGAGAAUGGUGGUGCCAGGCCUCAGGUGAACAGUUU